CCUGCAGGAUGCCGAGGCUACGGGGAGGAUGCUGACACCAUGAAGGGCUACCAUGGGGAGCGUAGCCAGACACAGCCCUCCUCCGGCCACCGCUGCCGCUGCAUCCCAGAGGACUGCCAGCAUCCCGCCGACUACAUCCCGCACGGCCCCGAGGGCCGGCCGCCCUACCUGCUCAGCCCCAGCGAGCCGUGUUCCCUGGAGCAUCCCCACUGCCCGGCGCGGAGCCCCGGCGCGGCCAGCGAGUGCCCGGGCGGGCCCCUGAGCGAGCCACCCUCCGCCAGCGCCAGCAGCACCUUCCCGAGGAUGCACCACGCGCAGCAGCCCUACGACUCCUGCGACGAAUGCAUGGCGACCGCCCACCCCGCCAGCAAGAUCAACCGCCUGCCCCCCACGCUGCUGGACCAGUUCGAGAAGCAGCUGCCGCUGCACCACGACGGCUUCCACACGCUGCAGUACCCGCGGGCCGGCGGCGCCGAGCCCCGCAGCGAGAGCCCCAGCCGCAUCCGCCACCUCGUCCACUCCGUCCAGAAGCUCUUCGCCAAGUCCCACUCCCUGGAGGCGCCGGCCAAGCGGGACUACAACGGCGCCAAGAUGGACGGCCGCGGGGACGGCUACCACCACCACCACCACCACCACCAUCACCACCACCACCACCAGUCCCGCCACGGCAAGCGCAGCAAGAGCAAGGACCGUAAGGUGGACUCCCGGCACCGGUCCAAGAUGUUGGGCUGGUGGAGCUCCGACGACAACCUGGACAGCGACAGCAGCUACAUGGUGUCGGGCCGGCACGCCGCCGACCAGGGCACCCAGUACUGCGUGGACGCUCCCGAAAGUGCCUUCAGAGACUUGACCUUGAAGAGUCUAAAGGGCGGCGGGGAAGGAAAAUGCCUGGCCUGUGCCGGCAUGUCCAUGUCUCUGGACGGCCAGACGCUCAAGAGGAGUGCCUGGCACACCAUGACCGUCAGCCAGGCCCGGGAAGCCUAUCCCAGUGCUGGUGGCACCGAGAAGACCUUGAUGCUUCAGGAAGCAAAGGCCAAAGACCGAGCAUACCAGUACCUGCAGCCUGGUAAGGACCCCGUGGUGCUGGUGGCACUGGCGUCAGCGGCACGUGGUGGGACCGGUGCCUGCUACGUCAGGCGGGCGCUGCGCUGGCAUGGGUGGGAUUUGGCCCAGGCGCUCCCGCCAGAGGGGCCGCGAGCCUUCAGUUACAGAAAAGCUCCACCUCCCAUCCCUCCAGGAACCAAAGCCAAACCCCUCAUCUCUGUCACGGCGCAGAGCAGCACCGAGUCCACCCACGAGAGUUACCUGCCCAGCGAAGUUUCCCGCAGCCCCGCCUGGUCCAAAGACGCCAAGGCCCGCUGCAACUCUGCCGAGAGCCUGGAGAGCUCCAAGGUGACGGCCGUGGCCCUGGACCUGCCCCCGGUGCAGCCCCGCGCCGCUCCCAAGCCCUCCACCCUCAUCAUCAAGGCCAUCCCCGGCCGGGAGGAGCUGCGGAGCUUGGCAAGGCAGCGCAAGUGGCGCCCGUCCAUCGGCGUCCAGGUUGAGGCCGCCUCCGACUCGGACACAGAGAGCCGGAGCCAGAGGGAGUUCCACUCCAUCGGGGUGCAGGUGGAGGAGGACAAAAGCCUCCCCGACUCCGGCCGCGCCUCCCCCUGCCACCGGGACGGGGAGUGGUUCAUCAAACUGCUGCAGGCAGAGGUGGAGAAGAUGGAGGGCUGGUGCCAGCAGAUGGAGAGGGAGGCCGAGGACUAUGACCUGCCCGAGGAGAUCCUGGAGAAGAUCCGGAGCGCAGUGGGCAGCGCCCAGCUCCUCAUGUCCCAGAAGGUGCAGCAGUUCUACCGCCUCUGCCAGCAGAACAUGGAUCCCAAUGCUUUCCCUGUGCCCACCUUCCAAGACCUGGCUGGCUUCUGGGACCUCCUGCAGCUCUCCAUUGAGGACGUCAGCAUGAAGUUUGCAGAGCUCCAGCAGCUCAAGGCCAAUGGGUGGAAGAUUGUGGAGCCCAAGGAGGAGAAGAAGGUGCCUCCCCCGAUACCAAAGAAGCCGCCGCGCUCCAAGGUGCACCCUGUGAAGGAGCGCUCCCUGGACUCGGUGGACCGGCAGCGGCAGGAGGCCCGCAAGCGGCUCCUGGCGGCCAAGAGAGCCGCGUCCUUCCGCCAGAGCUCGGCCACCGAGAGCGCGGACAGCAUCGAGAUCUACAUCCCCGAGGCACAGACCCGGCUGUGA